AUGUUUAAACGGUUUUUUAGCUCUUCUUCCGAUGCUAAAAAAGAACAGAGUUUUAAUUUAAAUGACUCAUCCAGCUCUGUUCCUAAUACACCUACCCCACUCAAUACAAUAGCAUCUACCUCUCCUUCUACAAGGUUGUAUAAUAACACAUCACAUAAUGAUAUUGACUCUUCGGCACUCACUUCCACAACAACACCUUCACGGUUAGCUUCUCCGACAGGAAUUAUUAGCCCAAUUAUUGGACCCAAUUUGGAUUCACCAACACCAAACGAUCUAAAACGAAGAAUUUCACUUGCACUCAACAAGGAUUCUCCAUCAGCAGCUUCUCAUAUUCUACUAACAGAAAGAGGAUCUACUAUGUUACACUUAUCAUCACAUCAUCAUAGACAUAAUUCUCUUUCUUCUCUUAUUGAUUCAAUACCGAAUGAGCAAAACUUGAAUGAUACAACAAACACAAUUAGUACUUUGGAAUCUAUUAAUUAUUUUGAUUCGGAAAGUGAUGAAGAAGAGGAAGUAACCACUCCACGAACAAAUAGAAGAGAUUCCCUAACUUCUACAACAGCUACAAAACAUGCAAUGAAACUUGCUACAACAAAUUUUGGUGAACAAGAGGAUCAACAAGACGAUUCUCCUUCCUCUCUUCGUAUUCCUCCUUUUAGGAAAUCUAUUAGAGCAAAUGGCGAUUUGACCAUUAAUCUUCAUCAAAUUAUUCCAAAACCUACGCCAGGAACUCCUAUGAGCGCAAGAAGUUUAGCUUCAAUGUUGGAUCAAUUCAUUGAACCGACAUCAUCAGUAAUAAUUCCAGCAUCAAACUCUGAAGUUGAUAGAAGAAUGAGUUUAGAUGAAACUGUUUACAAUAUUGAAACAAACACUGGUAUGACAACAAAAAUACAUGGAUCUGCCUAUAACGAGCCAGCUAAAGCCAUAGAAACUGUAAAAACACCUGUAAGACACAAACGAACUGUUAGUGUUGAUUCAAACUCUGACAAGACUGAAGUAAAAAAGCCACCUCUUACUAAGUCUAUCAGCAAGUCUAAGAUUUUGAACUCGAUAACAAACAUUGUUGAUAAUGAAGUUCCAAUUUACAAAUCAUUCAAGUUUACAGAUGAAGAAGGAAAAGAGUUUCGUUAUGUCGGAACAGUCUUGCCUUCCACUAAUGAAUUACAUGGUAGAGGUGAAUUACUUUAUCCUAACAAGACAAUUUAUGAAGGUGAUUUUGAUAGAGGAAAAAAACAUGGCUUUGGCAAAAUGAUUUUCCCAUCUUCAACACUAAAAAAACCUGACACUAUUGCAAUUGGACAGUGGAAAAAUGAUGUACCAUCCGGAGAGAUUCCAUGGAAAAUUUCAUAUGAUGGUGAAGAAAUGGAAUAUUGGGGAUACGUCAGACUUAAAACAAAAAGUGUAGGAAAAACUAUGCUGACAUUGGAUGAUUUUGAAAGAACCCAAGAAGGAGAAUUGUAUUGUAGUGUGACAAACACAAAAUAUUUUGGAUCGUUUAAACAUAAUCAAAAGUAUGGAUUUGGAGUUGAAAUUUACCCUAGUAUAGGAGAAAGAUAUUGUGGCGGUUGGAAACAUGAUAUGUAUCAUUACUUUGGUACCUAUCACUAUAAGGAUGGUACUUAUUUCCAAGGAAUGUAUAAAAAAGGUCAAAGAAAAGGAAAGGGCAAACUAUACUUACCUAAUGGAGAUAUCCUAGAAGGAUUUUGGUAUGGGGAUAGUAAAGUAGAAGGUUGUACAUAUUACAAGGGAACAUGUAAAAACGUACAUCUCACCAAUUUGCACAUGUUAGAAUCACAAAUACAAGAAUCUAUCAAAUUAUAUGAAAAUAUGGGUCAUAUGGACGAAUUAGCCAUGAGUAUGUAUGAUCCCGAGUGUGUAAAGCCUGCUUCUGACUUGAAAUGGACUCAAUAUAUUGUAAUGUACAAAGAGGAUUGGAGAAAAGAAAGACAUGCUCUGGCCAAGAAGUUUAUGAGCAAAUCAUCUUCAAAACUGGAAUUAUUGGGUUCCUCAAACCCAAGGAAACAAUUUGAUAUAGUCAGAAAUAAUUUUACUGCAAUAGUCGGUCAAUUGUUAACUGGUACUUUUUCUGAUAUUUCUUCCUCAACCUCAGACCCAAACUUCAAAUUCAUAUCUAAUUUUAUUUCAUUUUUCAUUAGCAUUUUUUGUGGAACCUACUACUUUGCAAAUAAUUCAAGCUCAGCAAAGGCAUCAAUUAGAAAAUAUCAAGCUACACUGAUUUAUCAUGCUAUUGAUGAUAUUAAGAGCUUUAUUAUGUUUUUAAGCGAUAAGAUUAUAUGGGAUUUUUUCAUGAGAGAUGUUUUUUCUCCUGCUUUAGGAUCGGCAAGUGACAAUCAAAAUGAACAAUUACUCAUAGAGAUUGAAAAGGAAUUUUAUCCACUUUGCAAAAACCUCACGUCCAAUAUUGUUCAUGAGAAACUAUUUUCAACAGUUUUUGAAUUAUAUAAUUAUCACUAUCGUGAUAGAGAUUUAUUAAUGAAUCAAAGAAUAAGAUCUCUCCAAGGUAGCACCACUGAAAUGUUUGGAAUACCUCCAGAAUAUGUGCCACUUCCUCCAUCCGAUAUGAAUCCAUUAUUUUAUGAAGGUAAUUUUAGUGAUGUUCCCUACGAACAAACCAUCAAAAUAUUGGAUCAAAUCAAACAUGCCAAGUCUGUAAUAGCUAAAAUAGAAACAUUAUCCAAAGUUAGAUCUAGUACAAUCAAAACAAUUAAAAAAUACAGAAGAGCUCACAAAAGAAGAGAAGCAUAUAUCAACUAUACAGCUACAAAUGAAGUUUUUGAUUUGGAUAAGUUGCAAAACCUUUCAAAGGAAGCAUGGUGGACUCCUGAAUUGGAAAAGAAAUGUGAAGAUUUCCAAGUUGGUGCUGAUGAUGUCACUACUGUUUAUAGUUAUAUUUUCUGUAAAUGUAAUUUGGAUAAUUUUACAGCCACUUUCAAUUAUGUGAAUGAUUGGAAAUCAGAGCAAGUCAAUUUUGAUCCAGUAAGCCAUAUAAUUAGAUUUUUUGAAGGAUUUCUUUUAUGGGUCGAAGAUAUUGAUCUAAUGCACAAUGGUCAAUUUAUUUCUAAAUCAGCUCUUUCCAAUUCUUUAGAAUUAGCUAUUGAAGCCCAAGUAUUACGAUUCAAGGACAAGAAUUUGCCAUUCUUUUGGCUUCCUAGUUUACUUGUUCAUGUUGGACUAGAAAUUGGUAAAAGUGUUGCUAGUUCUGCAGCAGCCAUCACAAACAUGACAAAAACAAAUACUAAUAGCGCCGGUUCAUUGAUGUCUUUGCUGGCCUCCUUUAAUCCAGUCACACUAAAGAAUGAACAAUACCAACAAUCUCCACAAGAAAAAUCAACUAAUAAUUAUAACUAUAAUCCGUUCACUAAAAAGUUGAUAAUUCCAAUGAAUUUCGAAGUACUUGAUAUCAGUAACCAAAAUCUUGCUCAAUCUCUCAUCAAGUAUGUAGAUUUAGUGCAAUCAACCUUGAGUGCUAGUACAGUAGGAUUCAAUAUUGAGUUGAAGAGGGAAAAUAAUGAAACUCUAAUAGUUGUAAAUUUCGAAAAGGUUUAUCCAAGCUAUGUGUAUUCAGAAAUUGCUCUUUCCGUAACCAAAUUUAUCAAAUAUGAAAUUCAAAAUAUAAUCAUCAUUUAAAGCCUUCGAAUAAAUUGCCUCAAACAAUUU